CGUCGGUGCGAGUCAGUCGCGGCGCAGCUGCCUCCUCUUCACUUUGCAGUCGCCGCAGCCCCAGCCAUGAGGUCCCUCGCGUUGGGUGCGAUCCCGCUCGUCUUGGUCGCUCUCGUCGGCUGCAGAGCUCCGGCAUCCUGCCCGAGAGGACAGUUUGUGCUGAAGACUCAGUGUGUCCUCUGCCAUCCCACCUGCUCCGAGUGUUUAGGUCAUGAGCUUUUUGAGUGCACAACCUGUGGAGUGGAUGAAAAUGGGCAGGAACGUUUCCUCCACCAAGGUCGUUGUCGGACGCACUGCCCGCGCGGACUGUAUCCUGACAGGGGUCGCUAUGCUUGCCUGCCCUGCAUAGCCAAUUGUGAACUGUGCACAGAUGGCAACGUUUGCGCCAAAUGUCGCGAACGCUACAAACUCCACAACGGGCUGUGCCAAACGGCACUCGCGUGUGAUCUAGGACAAGUACAAGAUCCCGAUACAGGAGAUUGCAUUGACUGUGAGAUGGGCUGCAAAACAUGCUCAACAGAAGACCCUGAGGUUUGCAGCAGUUGCUCUCAAGGUUACUUCCUUUUCAGGCACCGCUGUCGGAAGCACUGCCCCCAGAGCACGUAUGAGGAGCCGGGCAGGGGUGCGUGUCUGCCCUGCCCCGUGCCGUGCACAGACUGCACAAGUGAUGCACGCUGCCUCGCUUGCCAGCCAGAUUACUUCCUAAAUGGAGGCGAAUGUGUGAAACAGUGCCCCCAACAAACCUUCCGCGACACCACCGGGUGGCGCUGUGAGCCUUGCCACAGCUCCUGCCAAUCAUGCCAUGGGCCUCGGUCAACGGACUGUGACCUCUGUCUCUCGGGUAACGCUCCUCUUCACGGGCAGUGUCCUUUGGCAAACUGUCCACUGGGGCACUACUUUGACGCCGAGUCCAGUAAAUGUCACACAUGUGAUGUCUCCUGCAAGACCUGCUUCGGCCCACGGGCGCUGGAUUGCUCUUCGUGUUUUAAAGACUAUUUCCUGGACCAGGAAAGUUCUUGCGUGACGCACUGUCCCCCCGGCUCCUACGCUAACUCGGCCACUCAGCUGUGCGAAAACUGCUCGCCAAACUGCGAGGCCUGCGUGGGCUCGAGCGAUAACUGCGUGGACUGUUCCAAAGGUGGCUUGAAGCUUUUUCUCCACCAGGGGAGGUGCUGGUCAAAUUGCCCGGAAGGUUACUGGGAGACAGCAGAGGGAUGGUGCAGCGCCUGCGACCAUUCCUGCCUGACAUGUGAAGGGGCCAGUACAAAGUGUCUGUCGUGUGCAGACGGCCACUACUUGGAGGGCGGCGUGUGCGGCCUCAACUGUUCACUGGGCGCUUACCCUGCAGAUGACGCCACCUGCAGGCGCUGCCCCCCUCAUUGCGAUAUUUGCUCGGAUGACAGGACCUGCUUCAAGUGCAGCUUCUUGUAUCUGAUGCUGAACGGCGCCUGUAAGGCCAAUUGUCCCACGGGCUACUACGAGGACAUGGAGGAGGGGCGUUGCGGUCUGUGCCACCCGACCUGUGCCAGCUGUUCUGGGCCUUUGGCGGAUGACUGCGAGACCUGCUCCACGUUCAGUCCCAAACUUUAUAAGGGCGCAUGCUCAAAAGAGUGCCCGACCGGCACCUACUAUGAAGCUGCAGCCACGGAGUGCCAAGAGUGCCACCAGACGUGUGUGAGCUGCUCCGGUCCAGACCCCGACCAGUGCACCCAAUGUGAACGAGGCCUGGUCCUGGAUCCCAACACUUUGCUGUGCGGCGUGACCGGUGAUAGCGACUGCCCGCCGAGGACCUUCCUGCACGACGACCAGUUCACCUGUAUGGGCUGCCACCGCCACUGCUACUCCUGCGAGGGGCUCGGCAGAGAUGAAUGCCUGACGUGCGCUGUCCCCCGAUACCUGCACAACAGGACCUGCGUGAGCGAAUGUCCUGUCGGUACGUACACCAGCGCGCAGGAGGCGGACGGAACCCAGCUGGGCUUGUGUUUGCCGUGCGAUCACGUGUGCGCCACCUGCACGGGGUCCUCGCCCAGAGACUGCCUCACGUGUUCCCCGAGAUCCCUGCGCCUCCUUCAUCUCUGUGUCCGCCAUUGUCCCACAGGGUACUACCAAGCGGGCUCCCGUUGUGAGAAAUGCCACCACUCGUGUGAGAUGUGCUCAGGUCCCGGGCCCGAAUCCUGCCGGGCCUGCCUGCCUCCCCUCCUGGAGGUGCGAGGCACCAAGCUGUGCGUGGAGCGCUGCCCUCAGCGUUUCUACCGACUGGACGACGUGUGCCUGCAGUGCCACAUCAGUUGCCACACCUGCGCAGACGCCUCACCUCAGAGCUGUGUGACGUGCGACAAUGGCAGCACGCUAAAGGACAAAGUCUGCUAUCCACGCUGCGAGGAGGGGAAAUACUUCACUGAAAAGGCCACCUGCGCGGGAUGUGACCGCUCGUGCAAGCAUUGCAGCGGGCCCAGACCUGACCACUGCCUGACCUGUCACCGAGAUUCCGGCCUUCACGCCGUGGAGAGCCGCUGUGCCCGCUGCUGCCAGGCGGGGGGGAACCGCACGGAUUGCUGCGUCUGCGACAGCCGCUCAGGUCUGUGCGUGGAGGCCCCCGAACCCAAGUCAAUGGACGAGCCGGUAACAGACAACAACAUGUCUUCGAGCGUCCUCAAUCACGCGUCGACCGCCGCCGCCGCGCCUGUCGCCCUGCUGGCGGCGCUGGUUUUGGCUCUGCUCGCCUUCGCCUUGUUGAAGGCCCGAACCGGGAGGAGGCUUUGCUGGAAGCGGAGUUACGAGAGACUGAGCGGCGGCCCCAACAUGCCUCACGGCGUCCCCGAACCGGACAGCGGCGACGAGGUGGACGUGGUGUACACCAGUCGAGGCGGCUCCGUGUACCGUCGUUACAGUUUUAUCCACGAGCAUGAUGCCAACGCCGAUCAGAAUGUAGAUGAGAGUACUUGUCUCAACCAGUCCUAGUAAAGACCCACCAAAAACCAUUUAGGACAAUGGUCGCAUACGUAGACCUGCAAAAAAAUGACAUCAAAACACUGUAAUGUGUAUGCCUGGCCACUAGUUGGCGAUGUCACUUUGUGUUGUUUGAAUGACGCUCAAGCAGUGGGAAAGUAAUUGUGACAUUUUGUAUUUGUUGCGCUUUAAGUUAUCUUGUUAAUAUUAGGUGGUCUAGUGCAGUUUCACAACUUUCAUUUUAUAUUAGAAAAACGAUUUGCUGAUAUCGAAGAGACGUGAAGGAAUGGGGUCGAAAUACAAAAAGUCCUGCCGAGCGACAAAAACAGAUAUGCUCAAACGUCAUUGAAUAAAGCACAUAAACAGAAAAGUAUAUUCACAUAUUAAAUCAAUAAAAGAAACAUUUUAAGCAUAUAAUUAUACCUACACACCAAAUCAAUAAAGAAGACAUAACUAGACAUUUUUGAUAGGUGGUAAUGACAAAGGUUUUUAUAACUUUAUGAUCUGAUAUAUAUUUCUGAGCACUUUGAAAUAACAAAUGUUUUGGGAUAUAUUGCCUGAAUAGCUUAAUGACCCUUUAAUGCAUGCCUGAUGAUUCUCUAAAUCACGGACACUGCCCAAGUCGUCUAAAAAUGUUCAGUACUUGAUUGUAUCUUAUGUUUUGACUAAUGCCAGUUUUCGAUGACUACUGAACGUUCUGGACAGAGGGAAAUAUUUUGCCUAACAAAGAAAAGAUAUGGUUGGAAGCAUGAUUCAACUAAGAAUAAAAUGACGUAAGCAAAGACAUGGAGUAUCAAAAGAACAAACUUUGCAUAGUUAGGGAACAUUAAUAGAUGAAUGAUGUCACAGCCAAAAGCUCACAUCAUUCCGUACAAAAUGGCAAAACUGAAAGAAUGAUGAAAGAAAUGAGGUGCGACAGUGUAGGUGCAAGAAUGGGGGAGAAUGUUUACAGGAAGGUCACUUGGAGAUAAAAACCAGCAGGUGCCAGAGGGAGUCACCCAAGGACUGGGCCAAAGAUCAUCGCCAAGGCCGAAAGACGGGAUGGAAGACGGCAGCCCCCACACACUCACCGAAUCGCCCAUAACCACGGCGAUCUUGCCCCACCCCAAAGACUCCUCACCCAGCAAACCGGCAUGUGCAACUGAAUAUAAGCUGACCAAAGAACCUUGAAUGUUGCCUUUUCGGAAUGGAGACUUUCUGCUCUUGAAAGGCCCAGCGCUGUAUUGUACUUUCCUGAAAGCAGAGCUUUCUUAACAAGAAUUGUAAUUGAACUCAA